AUGGAGGCUGAAAACAUCCAGAUUGCCAUUGCUGGGCCAGUAUAUGUAGAUGGCAUCCCUGAAAGGAGGUCUGCCGGCACUGUACAGUGGUCCGGAAAACCUAACAUGUUUUGGUGGAUUGAUCGCCAGGAAGGUAUUGCUGCAAUGACCUUCACACAAGUUAUUUCAGCAUCAGAUGCACGGUUUGAGGAGCUGACGACUACGUUUGAGAGAGCCGUCUAUGCAGAUCUUACGAAAAUGUAG